AAUGAGGCGUGUGUCCUCCACACUUCUCCACACUCCUCUUUUCUCCUUUACUUCCGUCUCAUCAUCCUCCUCUUCCUCUUGUCCAUGGAAACUACUCUGCCAACUUCCCUUCCUCCACAACAUUUAACCCUGGAGCUCCAGAAACAAACCAACCCACAACAAGAAAUCGAGGUUUUCGACUACUCCAAACGAGCCCAGUGGCUCCGUGCAGCCGUCCUUGGCGCCAACGACGGCUUGCUCUCCACAGCUUCUCUCAUGAUGGGAGUUGGCGCCGUCCGAAAAGAUUUCAAGACCAUGAUUCUCACAGGGAUUGCCGGUCUAGUCGCUGGUGCUUUAAGCAUGGCGAUAGGUGAGUUCGUCUCUGUUUACUCCCAAUACGACAUCGAACUGGCGCAAAUGAAGAGAGAGAGCAAAGAUCAGUUUGAAGUAGAGAAAAACAAGAGUCUGCCGAAGCCGUUGCAGGCUGCAGUGGCGUCGGCUCUGGCGUUCGGUGUCGGCGCGGUGGUGCCGCUGCUGGGUGCGGCGUUUAUAAAGGAGUAUGUAGUGAGAGUGGGAGUUGUAGUGGUUGUAGUGAGCUUGGCGUUGCUGGGGUUUGGUGGGUUAGGGGCUGUUCUGGGGAAGGCGCCUGUGGUUAAGUCUUCUUUGAGGGUUUUGCUUGGAGGGUGGGUAGCCAUGGGAAUCACUUUUGGGUUCACGAAGCUUAUUGGGAGUACUGGACUUUAAGUUGAUUUUAAUUAUUAUUCUCGUGUCAUGUCAUAAUGAGUUUGUUUUUACUUUAAUGCUUUUAGGGUUCUUUGUUAAUAAACUAGAUUCAUGCAUGUCUUACCACACCAAUCAUGCCUGGUAAUUCUGGUUUCUCUGUGUGAAGGGAUAAGCUGGAAUCUGAUUGUAUAUUUAACAGAACAAGAUAAGAGACUGUUUUAAUACACUUUAAUCAUCUCAAGCUUAA